AUGGAAAUGUUCGCGGUUCUAUUCAAGCUGGUUCUACCGAAUACGAGAAUAUCGAGGAUUCUCUUCCCUUCCAAGCUCCAGGGUGCACAUUCUAGCUACGUCUCAACUCCGUGUCGGUACUACGUUCCUUCCGCUUCCUCCCUCCGCCUCCGCCCUCCGUCUCCGCUCCCCACUCUCCGCUCCCUCCGCACCCCCGUUCCGCCUCCACAUUCCGCCAUGAGCUUCGCCGCCACGGCCGCGACCCUGCGACGGGAGCUGCAGCAGCAGCGCGCGAGGCAGCUGUACCGCCGAUCGCUCAAGAACACGCUCAGCUGGGCGAUUUUUCGCGACAUCUACUACGACGAGGCGAGUGCUCAGACGUCGUUUCUUGAGGGUCGCGGCUCAUGCCGAAUCCCUUGUUUCCAUCUCAUUCCUCUCUCCGUGCAUUCUAUACCUCUUUCUAAGAAGGCCACCUUCCCUUUUUUCCGCCUUCUCCUCCUUAUCGUUCCCUCCCUCCCCCAUUUCCGCCUUCCCCUCUCCGCCACUCCCCCCGGCCAGAGCGAUCCGGAUCGGAUUGACCGUUUGCUGGCAGCGGGAGAGGCGAAGCUCAAGGAGAACCAGCACCCCGACCCGUACCUCGUGCCAUGGGUGUACGGCGGAUCCAAGUACGCUCGCAACCCUCCCUUCCCCCAAGAGAUUAGCAUUGUGCAUGGAUUCGGAAAGGAGGAGCAUUAG